CAGCAGGGGUUCGGAGCUCAACAGGCAUCAAAAGGAGCGAUAAGAGCAGAGGGAGACCUCGAAUUCAAACAAGACCCCCCCUUCAAACGAAUGGAGGCCGUUGCUUCUUCAUCCCUUCUCGUGGCAUCGUCGAGCUCCAAUUCUCGAACCCUAAAAGCCCACCUCUCUCCCCCCGGCAAAAGACCUCUCCAGAGUUCUCAGGUCAUAUGGAGCUCUCACAAUUUCUCCAAAACAGUUCUGGGCCUUUGUGGAAGUCCUUUACAGUGUUCCUUAAGCAACGCCACUGGUAAAAUAAGAUACAACAGACCUGUUAAGAAUUCUGGCCUAGUUUUAGCUCGCAGCUUUCUGUUUCAGCCAUCGUGGAAGUUUCACUGUGUAUCAUCUCGAUAUUUUUCAUUACUAUUUUUCUAUGGAAGACAGAACUUAGUGGGAUUUGGUAUAAAUAUCAAAUCAAAAUGUUGGCCAGAGAAACUGAGGCAAGUUGUCCGCAUUGGUUUUGUACGUUUAGUGGUGGGUAUGAUAAUCAUCAUGUCAGUUUCUUUAACUAUCAGCACGACGCCAUCAUGGGCAUUGACAGAAGAAAAUCUCCUUUUCUUAGAGGCGUGGAGGACUGUGGAUCGUGCUUAUUUUGAUAAAACUUUCAAUGGAAAGAGUUGGUUCCGAUAUCGAGAAGAGGCUCUCCGGAAUGAACCAAUGAAUACUCGGGAAGAAACAUACAUGGCAAUAAGAAAAAUGCUUUCGACACUGGAUGAUCCUUUCACCCGCUUUCUAGAACCAGAGAAAUUCAAGAGUCUGCGGUCCGGCACGCAAGGUGCCCUUACAGGUGUAGGCUUGUCAAUUGGGUAUCCAACAGCGCUUGAAUCAUCUACAGGGCUUGUUGUGAUCUCAUCAUCUCCAGGCGGUCCUGCAAACAAGGCCGGCAUUCUACCUAGAGAUGUCAUUUUAGCAAUUGAUGAUACAAGUACCGAAGACAUGGAUAUCUAUGAUGCAGCAGAACGUUUACAGGGACCUGAAGGAACUACAGUAAAAUUAGAUAUUCAAAGUGGGUCCGAUGUCAAGCACAUGGUUUUGACGCGAGAAAAAGUUACACUGAACCCUGUGAACUCAAGGUUAUGUGAGAUCACAGGCUCUGGAAACAACAGCACCAAAAUCGGGUACAUCAAAUUAACAACAUUUAACCAAAAUGCGUCAGGGGCGGUCAAGGAUGCUAUCCAGAAAUUAAGAAACAACAAUGUGAAAUCCUUCGUUUUGGACCUUAGAAAUAACAGUGGUGGUCUAUUUCCAGAAGGAAUUGAGAUUGCAAAGAUCUGGCUGGACAAAGGCGUAAUUGUGUAUAUUUGUGAUAGUCGUGGUGUUCGAGACAUAUAUGAGGUAGAGGGGGGCGAUGCUGUUGCAGCAACAGAACCUUUAAUAGUUCUGGUAAAUAAAGGAACUGCUAGCGCAAGUGAGAUAUUAGCAGGAGCCCUCAAAGACAAUAAGAGAGCAGUAGUAUAUGGCGAGCCGACAUUUGGGAAAGGGAAAAUACAAUCAGUUUUCGAGCUUUCUGAUGGCUCGGGCUUGGCUGUCACAGUUGCUCGAUAUGAGACCCCAGCUCACACCGAUAUUGAUAAGGUUGGCAUAACCCCGGAUCAUCCGCUUCCAGCAUCAUUUCCUUUGGAUGAAGAUGCAUUCUGCACUUGUCUCAAAGAUCCAGAUGCUCCAUGCAAUCUUAGUACUGCCAAGCUGUUCUCUAGAUGAUAUUAGAGCAAGGAACCAAUCAUUCUUUUGAACAAGUAUGCCUAGUUUUGGUAGUAUUAUUUUUUUUUUCAGAUUAGUUUAUUAUGUAAUUGUUCAUUGGCUUUCAAUGUAAGAAGUGCUUCUUCAAAUUGUAUAUUGUAAUUUGAUUGAAACAAUUUCUCUCGGAGGAGAAUUAUCAUGUUAUCAGUUGUGAAGUUA